GGCUUUUACACUCCCCAAUGCUGCAGGUUGAACUGCCACCAAAAGUUGUGGGUUCGUCACCAAAGCAAAAUUGCCUUUUACCAUUCAACUGCCUUUCUUACCAACCCACCACCGUUUCGUCCGCCCUUGACUGCCACCUCCAAGCCCUGAAAACGAAAUCAUGAGCCUGUAAAGUUGCCCAAAGAUAUGCAUGAAAUGAAAUGAAAGCUAGAAGAUAAGGUAAUGCCUACAAACACUCUCUUUCUAUGGAUACACUCCUGUAUUCCCCUUGUAUUUCGUAUGAUAUGAUUAUCCAACUAUACACAUUUUCAUCAUUACCUUUUACAAGAAGAUUGAAUCUUGGCAACUGCUUCACAAUAAUCUCACCGUCCUGUAAUCUCUCUAUGCAUAUCUAAGAUUUUGACUCAUAACUAGUACGUAAAACCCUUUUCUCUCAAUAUAUUCAGAGGGGAAGAUCCUAGAACCAUGGAUAUACACGAGGCAACAAAAAUAGUGAUGUCAAGAAUCAAAAGUUUCGAUCCAGAAAAUUCUUCAAAAAUCAUGGGUUAUAUACUCUUACAGGAACAAGGGGAGGAGGAGUUGAUAAGAUUAGCCUUUGGCCCUGAAUCCCAUUUGAUAUCCUACAUGAACCAAGCAAAGUACUUUUUAGGACUCUCUUCGUCUAAACCUUCAACUCCUUUGUCAAAUCUCACAAAGCCAAACAACCCAUUUUGUCAACAUUCACCAAAAAUCUUAAUUUCAAAUAGUGAUCUCCACUUAAACAACAACACUUCUUUUCCCAGUGCCGAAUUUUUGAUUAGUCCCAAGCCUGGUUCUUAUGGCUCUAUUACUAAUUUUAAUAGCAACAAUGGUUUAGGUUCAUCAAGAUCCCCACUUUCUUCACGUUUCCGUGGAAAUGAUUUUGGUGAUGAAUUUAUUAGUGGUGGUGGUGUUGGAGGGCUAAAUCAAGUAGUUCAAGAUCAGUUGUCAUUUUUUGACGACCCUACUAUGGAUCCGCUAAUGAGUGCAAGUGGCGGAAGUUGUUCAGUGAAUAAUGAUACCUUUCUUGACCAUGUAGAGGAUGAAAAUGAUUGUAUAGGUUUCAGGUGGAGGCCUUGCUUGUUCUAUGCCAGAGGGUUUUGCAAGAAUGGUAGCAGUUGCAAGUUCUUGCAUGGUAGAGGAAUUGAUGUGGGGUCUCCAAGCAAAAUUCAUUCAGAAUUUGAUAAAUUGUUGAAAAUAAGGGCCAUUCAACAGCAGAAGUUGGCAUUAAUGGCUUUAGGAGGUCACGAUCCUUUUGCUUACAACAAGUGCAUGAACUUUUUGAAUGAGAAUCAGAGAUCAGCCAUUGCUGCAUUGACAAUGGGUGAAGAAUUCCACAAAUUUGGAUGUGGCCGACCUGACAAGAAUGAUUAUUCAGCAAUGGGAUUGAUCAGAAGUGCGAAUUCAAGCUCACGGCAAAUUUAUUUGACAUUUCCGUCUGAUAGCACAUUUAAGGAAGAAGAUGUUUCUAAUUACUUCAGUAUGUAUGGACAAGUGCAAGAUGUUAGAAUUCCAUAUCAGCAGAAGAGAAUGUUUGGAUUUGUUACUUUCGCCUUCCCUGAAACUGUCAAGCUCAUCUUGGCAAAAGGAAACCCACAUUUUGUGGGCGAUUCUCGUGUGCUUGUUAAACCCUACAAAGAAAAGGGAAAAGUCGUGGACAGGAAACAUCAAUGUCAACAACAUAUAGAGAGAGAAGAGCAUAUGGCUUGUUUAAGCCUAUCGGAGCUUGCUUCAAGAGAGGAAUAUGAUCUCCCUUUGGGGUCUAAAUUAUUUUGCAAUGCACAAGAUAUGAUGCAGAGAAGAAAAUUCGAACAGGAGGCUGAAUUGCUGCAUAGUAUCAAACUCGAAGAGCAAGGAAUGAUGAAUUUUCAACUCAGAGACGUCAAAAAUCAGCAAUAUAAUCAACAAUUAAUACCAAGCCUCUCAGUAGCUGCCCUUAAUUCCUCACUGCAGUCUCAACCUCAGAUAACUAAAAGUCUCGAUCUUCCAUUUGAUGCCAUAAAUCAAGAAAUACCAGAAGAGAUUAAUGGUAUCCAAGAAGCAGUUGGAUCUGAUGAGAAGCUGCCUAUCAAAAUGACUGAAGUUUCGGAUAACAAUAAUACUGAAAGUGAAAACAAGGAGAUUUCAGAUUCUGAAGACUCUGAUCGCCCAGAGAGCUUUGAGCACACCCUUCCCAACAACUUGUUUACUUCUCCUGCAAAAUUUGCUGCUGAACACAAAUCCGUCUUCUUCCAGAAUUCAUCUGAAGCUGAUAGCAUUCUUGUGUUAACUACAACGCCUAACAAUAUCCCUAAUACUUCCCAGCACUUGGGCCGUCAGCAUGGUUUCUAGUAAACCUUAGUUACUUGCAAAUGCCAAGAAACCAUUGAAAUGUAGCCGUUGGAGCCAAGCAUGACUAGAAAGAAGGGUUUAUAAAAUAGAUAGAAAAUUUGAGUAGCAUAUACAAGGAAGGAAGUGGAAAGUCCUCUAUAGCUGUAUAGCCCAGAUCAUAAUCAACAGAAGAAAAUAUCUGCGAGGAGGAUACUUAUUGCAUAGAUAAAUGACAGAUGAACUAAUUCCUUCGUUCUUGUUUAGUUUUAUACCCUUUCUGUUGUGUGCUGCACCAAACUGAAUAUAACCAAAAAAAAAAAAAAAAAAAAAAGGCUAGUAGCAACUUUUUUAUAUGACAAUAAUUUUACUGUCUUUUUUCUUUCUGUCACCUUGUCUUGUCCUAUUAUCAGUGUGUUUGCAUGUAUCUUGUAAAAAAUUAAGGAAUGUUAAAACAAGGCAAAAAGACAGAUCUAUGAUUGGUGAAGAAUUGAUGGAUUCAAGUGGAAGGUAUAACUUCUUUUCCUA